CCCACACAAGCUAAUCCACAAGGUUCAAUCAGGCUAAGUAGUUGGCGGACUGUGUCAACUCUGAAUUACAAUGAGCAGCAGGGGAGGAUCUGUCAGCUGACUAAUCAAGGAUAGUGGAUUUUUUUGCAGCUCUGCCGCGGUGGUAAUGGGUAAUGCAAGCAGCCCCAGCCCUGGUAGCUUUGUUUGAUAGGGAUUUUUGGCUGCCGUUUUUAUAUACCACCCAAGAAGCAGCUCAUAUUUCAUCAAUGUUGCAUUGACAAUCGGAAAAGAAGAGUGUAAUUGUGUAUAGGCGAGAUGGCAGAAGCUAAUCCCCCGAGAGGCAAGAUGAGGUUCAGAAGGAAUGCGGCUUCCUUCCCUGGGAGCUUACACUUAGUUCUAGUUUUACGUCCUACCAGUUUUCUUCAACGAACUUUCACAGAUAUUGGAUUUCGAUUUAGCCAGGAAGACUUCAUGCUGAAACUUCCGGUUGUUAUGCUGAGCUCAGUUAGUGAGUUGCUGACAUACAUUGAUGACAAGCAGUUAACCCCUGAGUUAGGCGGCACCUUGCAGUACUGCCACAGUGACUGGAUCAUCUUCAGAAAUGCCAUAGAAAAUUUUGCCCUCACAGUAAAAGAAAUGGCUCAGAUGCUACAGUCCUUUGGAACUGAAUUGGCUGAAACAGAGCUACCAGAUGAUAUUCCAUCACUGGAGGAAAUCCUGGCAAUUCGUGCUGAAAAGUAUCAUCUGUUGAAGAAUGACAUAACAACUGUAACCAAAGAAGGAAGAGUUCUGCUAACAAAUUUGGAAGUGCCUGGCCCUGAAGAAGCUAUCAGUUCAAGUCUUGAAUGUCAUCAGCAAAUAAGUGGCGAUUGGCAGACUAUUAAUAAAUUGCUUGCCCAAGUACAUGAUAUGGAAACCGCUUUUGAUGGAUUUUGGGAGAAACACCAAUUGAAAAUGGAACAGUAUCUGCAGCUAUGGAGGUUUGAACAAGACUUUCAAGAGCUUGUGACUGAAGUUGAACUUUUAUUAAGUCAACAAGCAGAGCUGGCUGAUGUAACAGGGAACAUAGCUCAAGUGAAACAAAAAAUGAAGAAAAUAGAAAACAUAGAAGAAAAAUCUCAGGAACUGUUAGCAAAGGCCCGGUUAGUGAUAUUACAUGGCCACAAACUUGCAUCCAAUCACCAUUAUGCGUUGGAUUUAAUCUGCCAGAGGUGCAAUGAGCUACGCUACCUUUCUGAUAUUUUGGUUAAUGAGAUCAAAACAAAACGGAUACAGCUGAACAGGACCUUCAAAAUGCAUAAACUCCUGCAACAGGCUCGUCAGUGCUGUGAUGAAGGGGAAUGCCUUCUGGCUAAUCAGGAUAUACAUAAGUUUCAGUCUAAAGAAGAUGUUCAGAAAGCCCUUCAAGACAUUGAAAACUUUCUUGAAAUGGCCCUGCCCUUUAUAAAUUAUGAUGCUGAAGCCCUUCAGUAUGAAUUUGAUGUGCUUUUAUCUCCUGAACUCAAGGUUCAAAUGCAGAAUGUACAACUCAAGCUUGAAAAUAUUCGGAGUAUAUUUGAGAACCAACAGGCUGGAUUUAAGAACCUGACAGACAAGCAUGGGAGGCCAAUUCAAUUUGCACCUUCAUCUGAAAAUUUGAUCAGACCUAGAAUGACAUUUUUUUCACCUAAACAUGUGGGAAUUGGAUAUUCUUUCUUUCAAGCAUGCAAACUUUUUUCAAAAGUGAAGAAGUCUUGGAGACAAAAUCUGAGCAACGUAAAGAUUGAAGUCAUACAUGAUUGUCAAGAAAAGAGAAAUUCUGAUCCAUCUUCCAGUUUGAACAAUGACAAUAACUUGGAUAUUUUGAAAAACCAUGUCCUAAAUGAGCUGAUACAGACUGAGAGGGCGUAUGUUCGAGAGCUGUUUACUGUUUUGUUGGGCUACAGAGCAGAGAUGGAUAAUCCUGAGAUGUUUGAUCUUAUGCCACCUCUCCUGAGAAAUAAAAAGGAUGUUCUUUUUGGCAACAUGGCAGAAAUAUAUGAGUUCCAUAACAACAUUUUCAUGAGCAGCCUGGAAAAUUGCUCUGAUGCUCCAGAAAGAGUGGGACCAUGCUUCCUGGAAAGGAAGGAUGAUUUUCAGAUCUAUGCAAAGUACUGCCAGAAUAAGCCUCGGUCAGAGAUGGUUUGGAGAAAGUAUUCUGAAUGUGCCUUUUUCCAGGAAUGUCAAAGAAAACUAAAGCAUAGGCUUGGUCUGGAUUCCUAUUUACUCAAACCAGUGCAAAGAAUCACUAAAUACCAUCUGCUUUUAAAGGAGCUAUUGAAAUAUAGCAAAGACUGUGAAGGAUCUACUGAGUUAAAGGAGGCACUUGAUACAAUACUGGAUUUACUAAAGUCAGUUAAUGACUCCAUGCAUCAGGUAGCAAUAAAUGGCUACAUUGGAAACUUAAAUGAGCUGGGCAAGAUGGUAAUGCAAGGCGGAUUCAGUGUUUGGAUAGGACACCGGAAAGGUGCUACAAAAAUGAAGGAUUUAGCUCGUUUCAAACCCAUGCAGAGACACCUUUUCUUGUAUGAAAAAGCUGUUGUUUUUUGUAAAAGGCGUGUGGAAACUGGAGAAGGCGCUGAUAGAUACCCAUCAUACAGUUUUAAGCACUGCCUGAAAAUGGAGGAAGUUGGAAUCACAGAAUAUGUUAAGGGCGAUAACCGCAAGUUUGAAAUCUGGUACGGUGAGAAGGAAGAAGUUUACAUUAUACAGGCUCCAAAUAUUGAUGUAAAGAUGACAUGGCUAAAAGAAAUAAGAAAUAUUUUGUUGAAGCAACAAGAGCUCAUGACAGUUAAAAAGUGGAAGCAACAAGAUCAAUUAACUGAGCAGGAGCAACCAUCUCCUCAGCAGAAUGCUGAAAAGCCACCAGAAGCUUUCUUAAGUGUUGAGGAAACUGAACUAGAGCACACCAGUGCUGUGGUGGAGGUCAAUACAGCCCUUGUGCCAACUCCAGCAGAAGCUAAUCGAGAAGGUAAUGCAGUUUGGACUGCGAUGCCACUAUCUGCUGAAGGCCCUGAACAGCCUGAAGAUUGUUCAAGCAACUAUUUCUACUCUACUUAUAAUAGCAAUGAAGAAGCAGAUAGGUCCUUGAUGAGACCUGUGUCAGAGAUGGCUCUCCUAUUUUGAUGAAGCUACUAUGUCAUGUGGCCAGUAGAUCUUUCCUGCCUGCUUCUCAGCCCAUGUGGAGCCACUGCUCGGAAGACUUUCAGCUCAAGUGAUGUGGAUGCUUUUUUCAGGUUCAUAUUCCUUUUGACAUGCAAAAAUCAAUAGCACAUACUUAUUUCUUUUCCUUCACUUAAAAACAUUUUAAUUGUGGUACUCUUUAUUUUUAAAAUUGUGUAUUAAGUAUGUAAGAGAGUGCGCUGGGAAAACUCGCAUCUCAGAACACUUGACUUGAAAAUUGUUUUUUCUCUAUCUACUUUGUAACCAAAUGCAAUCAGCGUGCCUUGAAUUAUUUAGCUUAUUAUAAAUUAAGUUAAAAUUAUGGCUGCAAAAUGAUUAAGGUCAAGUGAAGCACAACAUUAUGAUUCAAUAUGCUUUUAUUAGACCUAGAGCUUUUGUGCCCAUUAUUUUAACCUGUAAAAGAUGAUAUAACAUCUACAUUUUGAGGGGGGGCAUUAGUAACUUUGUUCAGGGCUAUUGCCUUUUAUAUGUGACAGGAUAAAAUUUUCAUGAGAGUGGUAUACAAAUAAUGGUAUUUAAAAUUUAAUAUUUUCAUGCUUGUUUUUGUUUCUGAAUUUAUGCAAAUUUCUGUAACACAUUAGUUGUGCUCUACUAUCUUCUGUACAUUUCAUGCUGUAAUUCUUUUUUUCCAAAUAAAAAUGAACUCUUUGGGUUAUAUAAACAUGUAUUCUGCUUUUUUCCCAUCACAGACUCAUUUGGUUGUUCCUGCAGAGGUGCU